CGACCGGGAAGACGGAUGGCUAAAUUCAAGUCUCUCCGCGGUAACUUCCUGGGUUGCCGCAGGGAGUAAACUUUUCUGACCGUUUAGUUUCGCUUUUACCUUCGACUUAGCGUUGCGGACAGCAGGCAAAGCGAGAGGAGUGGGGAGCUGUUCGCCACGGACAUCACGCGGAGUCUGUUGCUUAUCUAAAUAUUGGCAGAAGAUACCUAUUCCUGUGUUGCCACUGAUGGCUGAAGAUACUAAAAAUGAUUAUGCUGAUACAGUCGAUGCAAAACCUUCAAGAACUGAUCGGUUAUCCAUCUUUGCAAAAAAAAAGAAGAAUGAAUGGGAAGGUCAACCAGAGGAUUCUUCUGGUAACCAAUAUCGGAUUAUUAUCCCUACAUUCCAAUAUAAUAUAGCCUAUAAGAAGCUUGGUAAAUGCAUUAUUAUAAACAAUAAGAACUUUGCAAAAGAAACAGGAAUGUUUAUACGAAAUGGUACUGACAAAGAUGCUGGUGACUUACAAAAAUGUUUUCGGGACAUUGGUUUUGAUGUUUCCAUCUAUAAUGAUCUCAGCUGUAAGAAAAUGAGGGAAAUUCUUGGUGAAGUUGCCAAUGAAGAUCACAGUGACGCUGCUUGUUUUUCCUGCAUCUUAUUAAGCCAUGGAGAUGAAGGCCGUAUCUAUGGCACAGAUGCAUUCAUGGCAAUCAAGGAUUUGACGAUACUUUUCAGAGGAGACAAAUGCCAAAGCCUAAUUGGAAAACCCAAAUUGUUCUUUAUUCAGGCAUGCCGCGGUUCUGAAUUUGAUGAUGGGAUUCAGACAGAUUCAGGUUCUUCAAAUGACAGCCUGGAAAUGGAUGCCAAUCCAAGAUACAAGAUUCCAGUUGAAGCAGAUUUUUUGUAUGCAUAUUCCACUGUACCAGGUUACUAUUCCUGGAGGAAUCCAGGGAAAGGAUCCUGGUUUGUGCAGUCUCUUUGCUCAGUGCUGAAUGAGUAUGGCAAAAAUCUGGAGAUCCUGCAGAUUCUGACCCUGGUUAAUUACAGAGUAGCAAGAAACUAUGAAUCUCAGUCUGAUGACCCACGCUUCUGCAGGAAGAAGCAGGUUCCUUGUGUGGUAUCCAUGCUAACCAAAGAACUUUAUUUCUGUAAAUUGGUGCCACCAGCACAGCAAAUUUAAAAUACAUAACUUACAUUAUACAUUAUAACUUGCAAUACAUUUUUAAUCUAAGCUUUUCCAGGAAAAGGCAGUUAUAAAUCAAGAGUUAAAAUUGAUAUAGGCAUUUAAAAUACACAAUACCAGAUUACCUCAGUUGAUUAAUAUAUUGAUUUUCACAGUGCCACAUGUUUCUGUAUUAUUGGAGGUGCCUAUUCCUUGUUUCUAUUUUUACUGGGAGCAAUCACAAUAUUUCUCUGGAGUCUUGCUUUCCCGUCAUAGAAAUCGCUCAUUUUUCCUCUAUUAAUUACUUUUUUUAAUUUAUAAGAAUUACUGUAUAUAUUUGUCAAAUACUGCCAGUGGCAUGCAAUACCAAAAAAAAAGUAUUAGCAAAGUUCAUUUGAUGUUCAGUGAUAAAAUGGUUGAGAAAUCAUCUAAGUAUGCUUAAAUGCUCUUUUUCAUACCAGUCUACAUAUAGAAUCACUAGGUGGGGUCCAUAUUUAGUCUUAUAAAGCAUUACUUUCUGUGUACCACUUGAUUUCAUUAUUAUUAAUUUAAACUCCAAAAUUUCAGUGGGUCUGCUCUAAGUAAAUCAGAUGUUAAUUUAAGUAACUCUAUGAACAUCUCCCUGGUCUCUUCCUUAUUUUGGCAACCAGUUCUUAUAAAUGUAAGAUACAUAUGAAUUGCUUAUUUUUAUCCUGAAUGCAAAAAUGCUCCUGGUCCUUUUUUGCGAUCAAUGAACAAUAAAUACAAUGUACAAUCUAUUCUACACCAAAGUAAUUUUGUAUCAAAGACAUUUGGUAGUACAGUUAUGUAAUAUAUAAAUAGAACAAUAUUAAAGGUUGUUGAUUUGUUCAAUGCAUAAUUCUACAAAGCAAGUAAAAGAAUAGAAAAUUAUUUCUAAGA